CCGCCCGUCGCAGAGAUAGCGCGGGAAAGUCUGAGCCGACAGUGGCGCGCCGGCCGGGGCUGUCCGCCGUGAUGGAGGAGGUGGAGGCUGAGGAGCCGCAGGAGUUCUCUCACCGGCAGAGGCUGAAGGCAGCAGUUCACUACACAGUCGGCUGUCUCUGCCAGGAGGUCGCGCUGGACAAACAGGUGAACUUCAGCAAACAGACCAUCGCGGCGAUCUCCGAGAUGACUUUUCGACAGUGCGAAAAUUUUGCCAAAGACCUUGAAAUGUUUGCCAGACAUGCGAAAAGAAGCACGGUUACCACUGAAGACGUGAAGCUCUUAGCGAGGCGAAGUAAUUCACUGCUAAAAUACAUUACAGAGAGGAAUGAAGAGAUCGCUCAGCUUAACCUGAAACGAAAGGCCAAGAAGAAAAGAAAGCCGGAAGAUGAAAGCAGGGGCUCUCGGGAGUCCAUGGCUGAGGAGCCGGACGGGGCUGAGGAGCUGCAGAGCGAGAGCUAAGGGCUUCAUCUCGUCUGGAAGCAGUGCUCGCCACGAGGGCAGUCUGCAGGGAUGAGGACAGACAUGGGAAGAACGGCCCCGCGUGUGGGCAGCUUUUCCUGCUGCCUGUUUGAAGUCAUUCUCGGCAGAAGCUUAGAAGCUGGGAGUUCCUGCAAAGGCACCGCACACAUCACCAGGCACAGGGAAGGCUUGCACUUGGGUGGCACAGCGUGACUUAGUGACUGGCAAAGUGGGCUAGCAAUCAGCCGUGCUGGCUGUCGGGAUGAGCUUAGUCCUUCACUGUUUAUUUCCCAGGUCGAAUGCGGGUCUCGGCAGGGUGAGUAAAUAAAGCUGUGUUUGCUGAGCCCGGCUGCUGUGGCUUCAGGUCUCAGCCUCCAUCGCGGUGACAGGUGGUCCCUGGGAUGAAAUCUCUUACUCUU